AUGGAGGGACGGUCCGCUUGUAGGCGCGUCCCGUCCCCUCUUUUGUUCCGAGACGCCGCCGCCGCCGCCCUGCGUCCCACUCCGAUGGCAGCACCGCCAAGCCUCGCCUCAGCCCAGAAGGAGGAUGGUGGAAACAGCCUGGUCACUCAGCGCGUCUGCCAUGAAGAUCAGCUCCAGGAUGGCGAGAUGCGGGAGGUCGAGGUGGCCGGAUACCCUGUGCUGCUGUUGAGGGAAGGACCGGUCAUCCGAGCGCUGGGCGGCCGCUGCCCUCAUGCCGGAGCUGCCCUCUGCAAAGGCUACCUGGCAAAGGGCCGGUUGCGCUGCCCCUGGCACGGAGCCUGCUUCAGCACUGAGACCGGUGACAUUGAGGAGUAUCCCACCCUGGACUGUCUGCCUGUUUUCCAAGUGACCGUGGAGGAGGGGCAGGUGCAUAUUUCAGCCAGGAUGAAGGAUCUCGAGAGCAGCCGCAGAGUGAAGCCCAUGGCCAGAGAGUGCCAGAUGGACCCCCAGACGGUCCUGCUGCUGGGAGCAGGCCCGGCAGCCCUGACCUGCGCGGAGACGCUCCGGCAAGAGGGCUUCACCGGAAGGAUCGUCAUGGCCACCUGGGAGGAUCACCUUCCCUACGACAGGACAAAGUUGACCCAGUACAUGGGGGCCCCAGCCGACAGCCUGUAUCUCCGGAGCCAGAGUUUCUUGGACGCCCACGACAUUGAAGUCCGGAAGCAGAGCGAGGUGGUGUCUCUGGAUCCUGCAGGCAAGAUGGCCCACUUCCGGGAUGGGAGAUCCCAGGCGUAUAGCAGCCUGCUGAUUGCCACAGGCAGCAGGUAA